UGCUCCGGCGAGAGAUGCGAACUUUUGUGCUCCUUCUUGCACUUUGUGCGAUUUGUAUUCUAGCUUCUUCGGCUUAUGGCAAGGUUCGGAAGUAUUCCAACCGCAAUCGCUAUAACCUGAAGGGAUGCUACAAGCAAACUGGAAGAGUCUUUGAGCAUAAACGUUACGAUAGAAUCUACGAGACUGAAGACUUCGACUCGGAGGAUCUGCCAAAAACUUGGGACUGGAGAGACGCUAAUGGCAUCAACUAUGCAUCUGCUGACCGUAACCAACAUAUUCCACAAUAUUGCGGCUCAUGCUGGGCAUUCGGAGCCACCAGCGCACUAGCUGAUCGUAUCAAUAUCAAGCGAAAGAACGCGUGGCCACAAGCCUAUCUGUCAGUUCAAGAAGUUAUCGAUUGCUCCGGUGCGGGAACUUGUGUGAUGGGCGGAGAGCCGGGCGGUGUCUACAAGUAUGCUCACGAGCACGGAAUUCCACACGAGACAUGCAAUAACUACCAGGCGAGAGACGGAAAAUGCGACCCCUACAACCGUUGUGGCUCCUGCUGGCCCGGCGAGUGCUUCUCCAUCAAAAACUACACCCUCUACAAGGUCUCCGAGUACGGAACCGUCCAUGGCUACGAGAAGAUGAAGGCCGAGAUCUACCACAAGGGACCAAUUGCCUGCGGAAUCGCUGCCACCAAAGCCUUCGAGACCUAUGCAGGAGGUAUCUACAAGGAGGUCACUGAUGAGGAUAUCGAUCAUAUUAUUUCGGUGCAUGGAUGGGGUGUAGAUCAUGAGUCUGGAGUUGAAUAUUGGAUUGGAAGAAACUCGUGGGGAGAGCCAUGGGGAGAGCACGGAUGGUUCAAGAUUGUUACCUCGCAGUAUAAGAAUGCUGGAAGCAAGUAUAACUUGAAGAUUGAGGAGGAUUGUGUUUGGGCUGAUCCGAUUGUUUAAGCUUAUGAUUUUGCUUUAUUAUUUGUGAAUAUUGGACAAUAAAUUUUAUAAUUUUGUU